AUGACUGCAGCGCUUGCCGCUUCUAAGCCUUUCAGGUUUAUUGUUGGUCCCUGUGGCCGAGAGUUUACCAUACACUCGGGUAUUGUUGCUAGCUUAUCUGCACCUCUCGAGAGAUUGGUGAAUGGACCUAUGCAAGAGGCUAUAGACGGGAGCGUGAAUUGGAAAUUUGUUGACGAGGACACAUUCAUGUGCUUCUGGCAAUAUGCCUACACGGGUAACUACGAUAUUGACAACGAGCCAACGGCUCCAGGUGCCGCUACUGAGGAGACAACAACCUUUGUCCUGCGCGAUGUGAAGAGUCCUGCGGAUCCAACUGAUAGACGGACCGAAGAGUCUGUCAACCUUGGCUGGGGUGAACUAGCGGAGCCUACUGAGCCUGAGCCUGAACCUGAACCUGAACCUGAACCUGAGGUGGACGAUGGCUGGGACGACUACAUGCCAAUGAAGCCAAAAAAGAGAAAAAAGGAGAAAAUGGCCUCCCUACCUACUAAGCAGGAACGGUUGUGGGCUAAGCUCGUAGCGCUCCGUAGGACCAGUAACAGCCAGGAGGCAAGCCAGAGCCAUAUGGCAGGAAGAGCCGACAUGGAAUCACGAACAGCAUCUCAGGCAACGGGCCAAUUGCUAUCUCACGCAAAGGUCUACGUGUUUGCCGACUGCUAUGGUAUCGUACCAUUAAUAACGUUGUCUUUUAACAAGUUACACGAGUCUUUGGUCAAUCUCAACCUUUAUGCUGAAUCCUUGGCAGGUUUUGUGACAUUAAUGCAAUACUGCUACGAAACACCCGCCCCGGAAGACUUGAAAAAUAUCGUCGUCCUUUUCGCUGCAUGCGAGGUGGAAAGGUUGCGCAAAAACAAGCAAUUUGAGGACCUUCUUGAAGCUCAUGCCCAAAUGGGGAGGGACAUGUUUUGGGCUGUACUGGACCGAUUGGAGUAA